CCAUCGCAGGCCGGAAAGGAGGCGCGAUUGCCAUCUGGGUUUUGCAGCAGACCGGCUGGAGUGAGCGGGAUCCGGGCCCGGGAAGCAGAAGCGAGCCGGCGGAACUUUCGGAGAGGCUGGCGGUAUACCUGCUGUGCAUCUUUUUCCAGGGCUUUCAUCACUUGAAAAGGAAGCACUGGCAAAGCGUUUAUUGCCCACCUCUUCCAUCCAUAGCUCAACAAUCCUUUGGAAACGCGAUCGAAAACUCCCGCUUCUCUUUCUUCACAUUCAAGGACCGAUGCCUUUGCCAUCCUUGAGAAGUGUUUUUUUGUGUCUGUCUCUUACCUCAGUCAUCUUCACAGCAUGGUACAUGGUCGUCCCCUCCCACAAUGUGGCGGAAUAUUACAACUGGAUGUAUUUCUAUAACUACGAGCCCAUCCAUAAGCAGGACUUCCUCUUUACGCUACGCGAGCGAUCGAAAUGUGAAGACAACAAUCCAUUCCUCGUCAUCUUGGUGACAUCACGGCCUGCGGAUGUGCAGGCAAGGCAGGCCAUUCGAGUAACCUGGGGGUCUCAAAGAUCCUGGUGGGGGAACCAGGUGUUGACACUGUUUCUGUUGGGCAAAGGAGCAGAAAGCGACGACUUCGCAAGCUUAUCUAUAGAAGACGAAAGCAUCCUUUAUGGUGACAUCAUCCAACAAGACUUCAUUGACACUUACAACAACCUUUCCUUGAAAACCAUCAUGGCUUUCAGAUGGGUGACGGAGUUUUGUUCCAGUGCUAAAUAUGUUAUGAAGGCAGAUUCAGAUGUUUUCAUCAACACGGGCAACUUAGUGAAAUUCCUUCUGAAUUUGAAUGCCUCAGAAAACUUCAUAACCGGCUACCCUUUAGUGGAUAACUUCUCUUACAGAGGAUUUUAUACGAAAGUCUCUAUUUCUUACGCAGAAUAUCCCUUUAGGAGAUAUCCUCCAUACCUCAGUGGACUUGGUUAUGUCUUCGACACCAGACUGGCUGCGAAGGUUUAUAAAAUGAUGGGCCAUGUUAAGCCUAUUAAGUUGGAAGAUGUUUAUGUUGGGAUCUGUUUAAAUAUACUUGGUGUGAACAUCACCAUUGCAGAAGAUAAAGAACUCUUCUACUUGUACAGAAUCAGCUUUGAUGUUUGCAAGUUCAAGCACUUGAUUGCCGUACAUGGUAUAUCACCCCAGGAAAUGGUUUCCUUCUGGCAGGAAAUAACAAGAGAUACUUCACUUCUGUGCCAGUGAUUCCAUCCUGUUUUAAAACCCUGUUACUUCAAGCCUGUUUGCUCCUCAGCAGAGCAAGGGUGGGCAGAUUUUAGGCUGUGUCGUCUCCCCCCUGCCCCCCAGAACCAAGAACUACUGUCAAGAGCCAGGAACAAAAUCUGCAAGCACCUUCCAAGUCUACAAAAAGUCUUUUCCCAAAUGUGGUUCUCCAGCAGUUCUCCAGACUACAUCAUCCCCAGUCACUGGUCCUUGCUAGCUAGGAAUGAUGGGAGUUUUAGUCCAACAACAGCUGGAGACCCAAGUUUGGGAAAUGCUGCUUUUAGAGGUUGAGGUGUUCAAUGCUGUCCCAGCUUUUGCAGUUUAUACGAUAUAAUGUUGUGAGGACUUUUGCAAAGCUAGGAAAUGAUUAUAAGGAAAGACUAGUUAUCCACCUGUGGACAUGCACAUAUUGGACACUCAGGGUGGCCCAUUAUAGUGGCAAAUUCUAACUUCUAGCCACCGUUAGAAGGGGGAGGCAGGACAUUCAUGUGAGCAAGCAGGGAUGUCCUUUGCACAGCCUCUCCCAACCUGGUGUGCUCUAGAGGUUGUUGGGCUCACAGCUCAAACCCUCUGUGAUGGUGAAGGCUGAUGGGAAUCCAAAAAUUUGACGGUCACUUUCAGAAAUGUAAAUAUUAGUUGAGUAGUUGUGCUUAGCGCAAUCCUGACAGAGGCCUGCUUUGCGCACCACAGUAAGACAGCAGGACAUGCCAUGACUCCAUGAACAUGCUGGUGGCCAGUGAGGAAGCCGCACUCGUUUUCCUCCUCCCUGGACUUCUUAGCUCACCGCAGGACGUGCUUUGGCUCAGCGUGUCAUCCAAACCAGGGAUCAUGGUUAAGGUUUCUCAGUCGUGACCUGUAACCAUAGAUUGUUGUUAAGGAGGGAGGAACCUAACCAGGUUCAGGCAACAUGCUAAGCCAAUCCAUGGCUCCGCUGCCAUUUUGCGCUGUCCUAAAAAGCCCAGGGAGGAACAAAAAUGCCUAUGGCCUCCUUCUCGCGAGCCAUCGUUUUGGUGCUAAACCAUGGUUUGAGCUAGGUGCGUGGUGUGCAAACGUGGUCAAUGUCAUAGUCUGUUACCACCACAUAAUGAAAGAUAAGCUUUCUGCAAAUGGGUUUCUGCAUUCUGUUUCCCCUUCUUUAAAUAAAUUUAGGGGAGGUAUGUGUUACAGCUCCGGAGAAGUGAAAAGCACUGAAAUAUAACAUUAGCUAGAUACAGGUAGGUAGCCGUGUUGGUCUGAGUCGAAGCAAAAUAAAAAAAUUCCUUCAGUAGCACCUUAAAGACCAACUAAGUUUUUAUUUUGGUAUGAGCUUUCGUGUGCAUGCACACUUCUUCAGAUACACUUGAAACAGAAGAGUCAGACCCUUAUGUAUAUACAGAGGGUGGUGGGGGUGGGUGGGAAUGGGUGAUGGGCUGAUGGGAGUGGCGAACCUGUAGAUGGCUGUUAACGACUGCUGAUGACUGCAAUUGGUCCAGCGGGGGGAAAGCAAGGGCUGAGGCGCUAAAGAAAGCUUGAUCAUGCAUAAUGAGAUAAGAAUCCAAUGUCUUUGUUCAUCCCAGGUGGCUCCAUGGUUUUAAGCUUGGUAAUGAGUUCCAAUUCAGUAGCUAGAUAGUUAUCCACUGCUGGUCAUAUCUUGACAUACCUAAGCCUCUUGUUUAGGUUUACUGCAGUGCUUUUCAGUAUCAGCUUCACAGCUUCACUGCUUAUCAGACCAUAGGGCCCAGGUACCAUCUGAUAUCUUCCGAGACAUUGCUUUGUAUCCAUUCCCUUUGGAUAGGUAGUGAUAGCUUUCAAAUUGCGGAACUUCCAUCCAUGGGAAACUCACUUGAUCCCCUCAUUAAAGGGAACCUCAGACAAUAGGUCAACACUCAGAGGCAUACCUAGGCAUUGGAGAGACUGGCUCUCGCUGGAGAAACUUCCUGUCCUUCUCACACCGCGGCACAAAGGUGUGUGUCCCCCCCCUUCCUCCUCACCUUACCUUUAUUCCAGACGCUUUUUGAGACAAGUAUAACAGAACAAUUUCUAAUGUGACAAUUGUAACGUGACUGGGGGUGCAUGCCAAUACAGCUUCUUGCCAAGGGACCCUAGGGAUGCCAUUGUCGACGCUCCACUGCUUAAGGGCACAUUGGGAUAAGAUUCAUUUAUUUCUAUAAUUUAUAACUACCUUUCUGCACUUAAUCCUCACAAGCGCCUAAAAUGCAAAACAGCACAGUAGCCGGACCAUUGCCAUUCCUUUGAGAGCAGCAGUGAUUUAAAACUGCACUGAGCGCCAGAACUAAAUACUGUAUAUUCCUGCGUAUAAGACUACUUUUUAACCCAGGAAAAUCUCCAACGUCGGGGGUCGUCUUAUACACCAGGUCGUAUUUUUUAUACGGUGAGUACAUCCCAAACUCUAUAUUUUAACUGGAAAAGUUGGGGGUCGUCUUAUACGCCCGGUCGUCUUAUAUGCCGGAAUAUACGGUAAGUAAAUGCCCACUGAACCAUUCCGGAAUCCUCUGCUCAAUCUGGAAAAAGUUCUUCCUCCUGUAAGUGUGUUUUGGUAAAACACACUUAUGGAUAUCCAACUACGGCGUGGUCCAAAACUCUUCCCAAGCUGCAAACCAGCAGCUUCGAAUGUCAUGUAAUAGGUCAUUUAACUGUUCCUAGGGCUAUGUUUUGUUUUCUGUAGUUCUUAUGUUGCUGCUGUAUUUUUUUUAUAUUAGUACUUUGUGAAUUUUGAAUAACGGGAAAGUGAAAUAAAAAUGAAUGUCGGCUCUGCCCUUGCCUCUGGUCAUUGGGGGG